CCAGACUGGCUCGAUUACUAUGAACCGGUUGGGAUGUUUGUUUGUUUUUGAAAAUAUGAGUGCGGCAGACGUAAAUUGAUUGAAUAGGUAGAGAGAUUGCAUCGGUUUAAAUAGACAAGAUAGGUAGGUAGGUAGGUAGGUAUCAUGGAGAUCCUUCAGCGUCCAAAAUCGCAACGACCAGACUGGCUUGAGGACUACGAACUCGUGGGCAAAAUUGGCGAAGGAACCUACGGGCUGGUUUAUCUUGCGAGGAACAAGGAUAAAUCGAAGGGUGGACAGACAGCCUUGAAGAAAUUCAAACAGUCCAAAGAAGGAGAUGGCGUCUCGCCGACGGCAAUUAGAGAAAUCAUGCUUCUUCGGGAAUGCCAGCAUGAGAACGUCGUCAAGCUGGUCAACGUACACAUCAAUCAUUUCGAUUCGUCCUUGUAUUUAGCGUUCGAUUACGCGGAGCACGAUUUGUAUGAGAUCAUUCGGCAUCAUCGCGAGAAGCUGAACAGCCACCCUAUCAGUCUGUACACGGUGAAGUCGUUGCUUUGGCAGAUCCUGAAUGGAUUGAACUAUCUUCACAGCAACUGGAUCAUUCACAGAGAUCUAAAGCCUUCAAAUAUUCUGGUUAUGGGUCAGGGGGAUGAAGAGGGGGUUGUAAAGAUAGGGGAUUUCGGGUUGGCAAGGAUUUUCCAGGCGCCGUUAAAGAACUUAUCGGAGAACGGAGUGGUGGUGACAAUCUGGUACCGAGCUCCGGAACUGCUGCUAGGUUCGAAACACUACACCACAGCCGUUGAUAUGUGGGCAGUCGGGUGCAUCUUCGCGGAGCUGCUGACGCUUAAACCUUUAUUUCAAGGGCAAGAGGACAAGAACAUAUCCAAUCCUUUGCAGGCAGACCAAUUAGAUAAGAUUUUUAGGGUGCUGGGGAUGCCGACGGUGGACCUAUGGCCCAAUUUGGAAAGGCUACCGCAUUGGCAGAUAAUACGAAAUGGAGCGAUGAUGCAGAAGAGGUACCAUCACGAAACGAUAUUGCACGAAGUCUGCAGACUACCUCCGCGGACGGCGGCCUUCGAUUUGCUUUCGCGGAUGCUAGAUUACGAUCCGGCGAAGAGGUUGACCGCAGCACAGGCGCUGGAGCACGACUACUUCCGACAAGAGCCUCUUCCAGGUCGAAACUCGCUAGUUCCGCCGGGAGACAAAGCGAUACUUUAUCCGCAAAGGCCGGUCGAUAUGUCAAUAGACCCAGGGGUGGUGAAUCACCCACAAGUAGCAGCAGGACAUCACCACCAUGCAGCUGCAGGAGGAGGAGGAGCAGGAAUACAUCCACCUCAUCCUCAUGCGCAUGCGCAUGUGCAUGUGCAUACACAUGGAGCUGCUGCUGCGGUGGCAAUCGCAGGGGGAGGAGGUGGAGUGGGAGGAGGGCCAAUGGCACAUCCUUCGCAGCACCCUCAUCAAAUUCAUCAGCAUGCAGCAUAUGGACUUCCACAGCAGCACCCAAAUCAUCCACCACAUCAUCUGCAGCAGCAGCAACAACAGCCACCUCCUCCUCAAGGGGGUAUGAGAAGAGAACGAUCUCGACUGCAGCAGCCCUACACUGGCAUCUAUCAGCCACCGCAAAAGAUUUCUCGAAACGUAUAAAAUCUGGAAAAAAAAUUAUAAACGACAUUGCUUCCAUUCUUUUUUUUUUUUUUUCCCUUUGUCUUUUCAAAUUUCCUGUCACUACCGGGGAACAGAGGAUCAUGUGGAUAUGCUGGUAUGCUUCAUGGUCCACUUUUUCAGUGCUCUGCCUGUGAGACCUCUCUGUCUCCCUUUCUAUGCGCCCUCCUCUCACCGUCCAUUGCGGGCGCGCGCGUGUGUGUGUGUGUGUGUGUGUGUGUGUGUGUGUGUGUGUGUGUGUGUGUGUGUGUG